UAUUACGAUGAAGUCUUCAGAGCGCGCUGCGGAAACCUGAAAAUCGCCCAGCAGGGUAUAUGCGGCACAAUUCCCAGCAUCCUCCAAGUCCACAGGUCCCUUCUGACGUCUCUGGAACGGAACUCGUCUGGCUCUGGAUUUGAGAAGUUCUCGCAGUAUUUGCACCUCUAUAAGAAGCACGCGGACUGUAUAGACGCCACACGUUGUACAGUGCAGACUCAGACAAAGAAGAAGAAAUCUUUUGCGCGAUUUAAGAAAUUGCAAGAAUCUCGUCCGGAAUUUCAAGGCCGAACCCUGGAAGAGCUUCUGGAGCUUCCUCUUCAUCGAUUGGUCAGAUAUCGGCAUUAUCUGACAGAUCUGGUUGGGAAUAAUUUUCCUGGAAGUACGGAGUCUGUGCAGCUGAAUGAUGCUCUUCAGGCGGUCUCUGCGGCGUGUGAUUACAUAGAAGACGCUCAGCAACUUCAGGAGAACGAGAUCCAUCUUCAGAGAGUUCAGAAACUUCUAAAAGGGAGACGAGUGCGAAUCGCCACCCCAGGAAGACGUUAUAUCAGAGAAGGAUGGCUGGCUCUUGUACCGCCCAGUGGGGAGGAGCUCAAACAUCGCAUGCUCUUCCUCUUCUCCGAUGUCCUGGCCAUCACCUCACCUUGUCACCCCUUACACCCCAUCAACGCCCAGAAGUUCUGCUGCCGGGCCGUCUACCCACUCAGAGAGUGCCGGGUGGAGAGAGUCCUGGGCCACACCCAGAGCCAAGGAGGACUGAUCAGUACUUUCUAUUCCCAGCUUUCCUUCAAGAUGGAGAAACUUCUUCUGAUGUCAUCCGACCAACAAGACAUGAACAGCUGGUACGAGUGUCUGCUGAGCGCCGUGAGAAAACUCCGCUCAGAGGGAAGUGCUGAUUCUGGAGGAUCACAGAGUCACCCAACGAUUCCCGAGGAGCCACCAAACACGUCGGGGCCACCGAGAGGUCCCAAGAGACGUCAUGUCACCGUGCUGAGAGAAGAUUCCGGAGAUCCAGAAGAAGCAACACGGAAGAGAAUGAGAGUCACCGAUCCAGUUGAAGAAAAGAAGUCGGAGCCGCAAUCACAGGCCGAUAAUGGAGCCGGGUGGAGAUGUGUCGUUCUAUGACCUGCCGGCAGAGCAAUGUUGGGUGGAAUGCCGUAUUCUCCACAGUGAAGAUCUGCUCACACCUGGGACUGUCCCCCGGGGGGCGCUGUUACUCUUCUGUGAUUGGACGCUGGGUGUAUAUAAAUGACGGCUGUAUCUAGUGCUGAUUGGGUCCCUUGUGGUGGAUCUUUUAUCUGUAAAAUAUUAUAAUAAAAUUCUGUCAGACAUUU